AUGUCUGAAGAAACCACAGUUUGUGUUGCUGAAGAGGCUGAGAACAAACAAACGGGCUCACAGGACAACACAGAAGGAUGUGAUGCUGGAGACUCGGUGAUGCAGCUGGAGGCUGAAGGAGAAUCACAGAAGCAGCAGCUUCCUGCAGACAUGUUCUACAAAUACGAGGAGCUUCACUCCAGACCGACCGUCACGGCCGACUCCGAGAUCCCAGAGAACCUCCUGCACCUGUCUCACUCCUUCGGUUACGACAGCAGCCGCAGGUCAAAUCUGAAGCUGCUCGACGACAGAACUCUGAUGUUCGUGGCGGGAAACCUGCUGGUUCUGCUGGACAUUUCCACCGAGGAGCAGAAGUACCUGAGAUCCUGCAGCGGAGGAGGAAUCGGCUGCAUCGCGGUCCACCCGAGCAAGAACUACUUUGCCGUCGCAGAGAAAGGAAACCAGCCCAACAUCAUAGUCUACGAAUAUCCUUCCCUCAGACCGUACCGAAUCCUCAGAGGUGGCACCGAGCUCGAGUACAGCUUCGUGGACUUCAACCGUGACGGAGGCCUGCUGGCCAGCGUGGGCGGCUCGCCCGACUACAUGCUGACUCUGUGGGAGUGGAGGCAGGAGGAGGUGAUGCUGAGCUGCAAGGCUGUUUCACAGGACGUCUACAGGGUCGGCUUCUCCCCGUACGACCCGGGACUGCUCACAUCGUCGGGAUCCGCACACAUCAAGUUCUGGAAAAUGGCGCCCACGUUCACGGGCCUGAAACUGCAAGGGGUUAUGGGACACUUUGGGAAAACCGCGGCGACUGAUAUCGAGGGCUUCGUGGAACUUCCUGAUGGAAAGGUGGUGUCGGGCACCGACUGGGGAAACUUGCUGCUGUGGGAUGGAAACACCAUCAAGGUGGAGAUUUGCUGUAAGGAUGGACGGAGCUGCCACAGUGGGACGGUUCAGCCGUUUGCUGUGGAGGACGGACAGCUGAUGACGUUUGGUUCGGACGGAGUGAUCCGGGGCUGGGACUUUGAGAAGAUCAUCUCGGCCGACAGCGACGGCAGCAGGAUGGAGAUGGAGCCGACCAACGAGAUGGCGGUCGGACACAACGUGUGCCUCUCCUCGGUGGCUCGGAGCACCGAGACCGACUCCUUCGUCUGGUUCGCUCAGGAUUCAAAUGGAGCCAUCUGGAAACUGGAUCUGUCAUUCACCAACACGACUCCUGAUCCAGAGUGUCUGUUUACCUUCCAUUCCGGGUCGAUCCAAGGCCUGGAUGUGUCCAAGAAAUCCCACCUGAUGGCCACGACCAGCCUGGACCGCUCAGUCAGAGUUUUUGACUUCGUGGCCAAAAGAGAAGUGACCAGCAGUCGCUUCAAUCAGGGAGGAACUGCUCUCCGCUGGGCUCCACCGCUGGUGAACCAGACCGGAGGUUUGCUGGUGGCCGGCUUCGAGGACGGCGUGGUUCGAUUGCUGGAGCUGUUCACUGCUCCGAGGCUGCAUGCGGUCGCCGGGAGAGACUCCAAGCUGCGCCUCAAACAGGCCUUCAAACCCCAUAACGCUCCCGUAACCGCCGUGGCCUUCGAGCGAAACGGAGAGAUCCUGGCCACCGGGAGUUCAGACUCCACCGUGUUCUUCUUCACCGUCGGCGGGAAGUACAACCCCAUCGGUUUCGUCCAUGUUCCGGGGCCGGUGCAGGCGCUGGAUUGGUCGCCUCAUUCCCACAGUGAAAACCGGCUGCUCGUCCUGUGUCAGAGCGGCCACGUGGUCGAAGUCCACAGUCCUGAACCGGACGCCCAGAAACCGACGACAACCUUCCAGCUGCCCGACUUACCCAGAAGGUCGUUCAGGUUCAGGAGCAUCAAAUCCAGAAUCAAGAGAGACGAGGAAAUCGCAAGACGUCAAGCUGUGAGGAAGAAACAGAGAGACGAGCGUUUGAAGAAAUCAGAGCAGCUGGAUGCAGAGAAAGAGGAAGAUGAGGAGGAAGAAUUACCGCCCGUCUACAUCCCAGAUCCUCCAAGUCCUCUGUACUGUGGCUUCUACUCACUGCCUGGACACUUCUGGCUCUCCAUGGGAGGCUUUGAUUCAGGAUGUUUGUAUCACUGUAAGUUCUCAGAGAAUCAGGAUGAAGAUCCAGACCAACGGCAGGACGAACCCUUUGACUUUCUACCGAUCGAUGACACAGACGACGACCCGAUUCGCUCCGUCACCUUCAGCUCCAACAGGCAGCUGCUGCUCUGCGGGAUGCACUCGGGCUCCAUCAGGGUUUAUCCUCUGCAGCCGGCCGACCCCGGCCUCUCCUCCAUGAAGGCCUGCUGGAGUCUCAGCGUCCACGACAGCUGCUACGGCCACCUGCGACACAUCCGCUGCAGCCACGACGACCUGUUCGUUCUGACGGCCGGAGACGACGGGAACAUCUUCUCCUUCAGCCUGCUGCCUCCGGAGGAGCUGCAGAAAACCCUGCAGAGGAAGACGGCCAAAGUGGCCUCACCCAGGCACGUUGCUCAGGUUGGUCUGGAGAACGAGGCGUUAGCUCUGGACAUUGAGGAUCCAGCAGCUUACAGCAUAGAGAUGGCCAAGCAGAAGCUGGAGAGCGACCACCUGCGUCGCGAGACCGAGCUGAAGGUGGCGGAGAAGCAGAAGAAGCUGACGGAGCUGCAGAAGAGGUUUAAACAAGUGCUGAGCGACAACCAGAGUCUGCCGGAGCAUGUUCGUCUGAAACCUGAGGAGCUGCAGCUGGACCGGCGUUUCUACGAGCAGGCAGAGCGGCUGAAGGCUCAGCGGGCGAUGGAGGUCAGGAGGCAGCUCUGCUGGGAGCAGGAACGCUGCAGCAUCGCACUCAGAAAGCUGCAGGACUGGUUCAGAGACUCUCUGCAGGUCACUGUAGUGGCCAUCCGGUCCAACCACAAAGUCUCCACCUAUCGGCUGCAGGCGCCCACCGAACCUUUGUCUCGUCAGAACUCACCUCAUCGGCCUCACGGAGACGGAAACGCUGCACCAGAACGCAGGAGGUCCAGAGCAGAACCUGCAAAAGAGAGCGGCAAAAUAGAAGAGGAGGAGGCGAUUCGGCCUCCGGUGCCUCGAACUACAAGGGUUAAACUGGGAGAUCGGCAGGAGGAGAGGCUCCGGAAGGCUGCAGAGAAAGCUGCGCAAGCCCGAGCCAGAAUAGAGAAGAAAAAACAGGAGUGGGAUCAAAUUUACGCAGAGAAGCCGAACGAGGACUACGAGGAUCCGCAGGACGUCGAGGCCAUCAGAGAAGCUCAGGAGAGCAUCGGAGACGUGGCGAUGGCGAAACAGCCGAGGAUAAACACUGAGACGAAGAAAGAGGAGCUGAUCGCCUUGGAGAGAAAUAUCCGGGAAAAGCAGCUUGAGCUGAACGGACGAAUCGUGGCGUUGCGGGACUCCAAGGUUCUCCUGGUGUCUCGGCUGCAGGCUCAGAUGCAGCAGCUGCAGAAGGUCCAGCAGCGUCUGGCGGUUCAUCUCCACCGGCCUCCGCCCGACCUGCCCACCUUAUCGCCAGAGGAAACCCCAGAGGAGAGGCUCCACUGCAGCCGAGCCAAGCUGGAGAAAUACCGGGAGCUCAGGGAGCAGAGGUUUACGACCACAGAGCAGGAGGAGCAGGAAGGAGCUGUGAGUCUGUUGGAGCAGCUGGAGAAAGAAAUGGAGGCAGAGGAGGAACAAGAAGAAACCCUCCGUCUGUCAGCUUCAUCUGAAACCGGAAAGGAAGAAGAAGAAGAAGCUGUGAAUGAAGAGCUGAGCGAGCUGGAGGAGGAGCUGCAGAGGGAAGAAGGCAUCCGACUGCUGCACGAGCAGGACUCUCUGCUGGAGCAGAUGGAGAGCUCGGUUCGGGAGUUUGACUCGGAGCUGCUGCUGCUGCAUCGCCAGCAGCUGCGUCUGGACAGUCGGCUGAAACUGGCCGACCUCCGGAUGCUGACGCUCAUCCAGGAGAUGACGCUCCUCAAGCAGUUUGAGAGGAAGGAGGGAGGCCUGCAGGAGAAGCUCGACGAAUGUGUGAAGGAGGAGAACGGCAUCACGUCUAAGCUGCAGGAGUGCAACGAACAGCUGGAAGACAAGAAAAGAGACAUAUCGAAGCUGCAGGAGAGAGAGAAGUCUGUGACUGCUGCCUUCCAGGCCUCGCUGGGGGAGAACAACAAGUUCGAAGAGUUUCUGACCAAAGUCUUCAAGAAGAAGAUCAAACGUGUCAAGAGGACGGAGCAGACAGGACGUGAAGGUGAGGGGGAAGAAGAGGAGGGCAGCGAUGAAGACUCUGAGGAAGACGACAACUGGGACGAUGACUACGCCAGCGACGCAGACGAAGCAGCUCUGGACGACAGUGUUUGUCCUGCAGGCUGUGAGCCAGAGUUCUUCGAGAACACGCUGCAGCUUCGUGAGCGUCGGCUGGACCUGGAGGAACUUCUGGUGGAGGAGAAAAAGAUCGCCGAGGCCCUGACGAGGGAGCACGACACUUUGAUCAAGAAGGAGAAAUCAGCGAAGAGCAACCGGAUGGCAAUAGAAUACGACUUGGAGCUGAUCAACAGGGAGAAGCUGCAGAAAAUGAACGAACUGGAUGUGGUGGUUCCUCUCAGACUACACCAGAUUGAGUAUGUCAUCAAGACCUCGAUACCGUCAGAUCUGAGCGAGGCGUUGGUGUUGGACAAGACUGAGCUGACCAGGCUGCAGGAGCGAAUCCAGCAGCUGCAGGCGGAUAAAAUCCAUCAGAAAGAUCUGCACCGUCAGGCUUGUCAGCAGCAAGCCAAGCUCAUCCACGACCGCAGGGACAUGGCCGCCAAGAUCCAGAUGCUGGAGAAGCAGUGCAACGAGCUGAUGAUGGCCAAGUUUGGGAAGCUGGUGGAUCUGGAGGCCCUGCAGAUGCUUUCAGGAAACAGGAGGCUGGAGGAGCUCAAGCACGAGAAACUGCUCAAAGAAGCCGAAUACGCCAAAGAGGUCCAACAGUGGGAUGGCAGGCAGCGGUUCCAGGACUACAGGAGACACGUGGACCGGGAGGACGUCCGGCGGCUCCAGGAGCUGGUAAAAACACAGUCGCAGCAGGCCGAGGCCCUCAGGAGAGAGAUCAGCCUCCUGUCCUGCAAAGGAGGCCACGUCUUGCCCCCAGACCAAACCCGACUGCCCCCUCUCGCCCCUUUGCCCACCCCCACGGGCAGCGUCCACACUGCGAAUCCACACCAACAGCUGAAAGCACAAAACUCAGCCAGCAGACAGGGAGCUAAUUAA